AUGGCCGGUUACGACUAUUACAAGACGCCUCUUGAUUCCCGCUAUUCUAGCGAGGAAAUGAAAAAGCUUUUCAGCCAGAGAAGCAGGCACAGCACUUGGCGCCAUCUCUGGCUAUGGCUUGCUGAAUCCCAGAAGGAGCUUGGUCUUGAGUCCAUCACGGACGAAGCACUCGAGCAGAUGCGAGCCCACCUUACUGUAACCGACGACGACUUCGAUGUCGCACUAGAGGAGGAGCGCCGUCGUCGACACGACGUUAUGGGUCAUGUCCAUGCAUAUGGCGUUGCAGCACCAGCGGCGGCUGGCAUUAUCCAUGCUGGGGCCACUUCAUGUUAUGUCACUGAUAAUACUGAGCUGAUCCUCUUACGCGAGGCCAUGGACCUUCUGCUUCCCAAACUAGCCAAGGUCAUCAGGGCCCAAUUAAUUACGGUGGGAAAGCGAGCCGCUCAAUGGAUCCAAGAACUUGUCAUGGACCUUGAAGACAUUGAACAUGUCCGCAAGGAACUCCAAUUUCGAGGAGGACAGGGAACAACCGGAACCCAGGCAUCCUUUCUUGAGUUAUUCGGCGGUGAUGAAUCCAAGGUUGAUCAGCUAAACGUCCUUCUAUGCAAAAAGGCUGGAUUCCCUGGCUGCUACUCUAUCUCCACGCAGACUUAUACGCGAAAGGUCGACCUACGGGUAGCUAACGCUAUCGCCGGAUUAGGUGCCACUGCACAACGCAUUACAUCUGAUAUUCGCCAUCUUGCAAACCUGAAGGAACUGGAGGAACCGUUUGAGAAGGAUCAAAUCGGAAGUUCUGCUAUGGCAUACAAGAGGAACCCCAUGCGCUCUGAGCGUAUCUGCUCUCUUGGCCGCAAACUUGCAAGCCUCCCGGUCAACUUCUCCAACACAUUCUCAGCGCAAUGGUUGGAAAGGUCUUUGGAUGACAGCGCCAUUCGUCGUAUUGACAUUCCUGAAAUGUUUCUCCUCGCAGACGCUAUCUUGAUCGGACUUGACAACGUGACUAACGGUUUGGUGGUUUACCCCAAGCGAAUUGACUGGCGUAACAGACAGGAACUUCCCUUUAUGAUUACCGAAGCUAUCCUCAUGAAGAUUGUAUCUAAAGGAGGUUCCCGACAGGAGGCCCAUGAGAAGGUCAGAGUGCUCUCACACGAGGCGAGCCAUGUCGUCAAACAUGAGGGCGGCAAUAAUGACCUCAUCGAGCGCAUCAAGAAGGACGAUUAUUUUAAGGACAUCUGGGAUGAUCUCGAUGCGAUGUUGGACCCCAAGCUUUACACUGGCCGAAGCGCCGUAAUUGUUGAAAGAUACUGCGGCAAAGGAGGUGUGGUUGAGAAAAAACUAGAACCAUACCAGGACUACAUUUCCAAAGCCGAGACUGCUCAACUCAGUCUCUAAUCAUCACAAGGGAAAAGGCAUUGCCAUCACAUCUUCUCGGAUGCUAGGCUCGUUGGGUAGAGCCUAUCAUGGCGACUUCAGGCCAGUCCAUCGCAUCCCUUUUUCUGUUUUUAUUUCUCGUUUUAUAUGAAGCACGGAGUUCGUGAUUACGACAAUAAUGCCGCGAGGUAAAGAGGAAAAAAAAAAGGUUUGUAUAGCAAAAGACAUACGGGGAAAGUCACUAAAGGUAGAAAAAGCUCAGUGUAGCACGACAUGGAAUUCCUUACACAAGGCUAUUCAUCAUGCGAAUAGAACAUGACUUACGUCUUAUUAUAAAAUUUAUAUACAAUCUAACAAAAGAAGAAGCGUGUUAUUUAUAUAUACGAGAGAAGAUCAAAGUAAUGUCUGAGACGUCUCCUUGCCGCUGCUAACUUAGCUGCAGGGGUUGAGGCUCGCGGCGCUUCCGGCGUCCUUGGGGAUGGCGCCGGCGGCGACGGCGGACUGGUAGCACCAGCGCCACUCGUCCAUGCCGCCGAUCCAGUUGCACUUCCAGGCCCAGAAGACCCAGCCGCCGGACUUCUCGAACGUGGUGACCUGGGCGGCCCAGUACUUCUUGUACCAGUCGACCUGGUCGGGCCGGUUCUGGAUCUGGAACUCGUCGUUGGACUGCACGGAGUCGGCGACGGAGAGCGACCACUCGCCGACGAUGACGUCGUCGCCCCCGAGGUUGCUGUUGCAUGCGGCGGAUAUGUAGCCGUCUUU